CUCAGGGACAGAACUCAUGUGCCUGCCCCAAGACUGCCAGCCUGGGGCACCACAGCAGCAGAUGCAACCAGGCAUGGCAUUGUGCUCACUGGGACUGUGGCCCCUGCUUAUGGUCUGCUGGACCCUCCCUCCUGGCCUGGUUGGGGAGGAGUCCCUGAGUCUCCUGGGUGGUGGAAACCGCUGCGAGGGCCUCUUGCAGGUGCAGUACCUGGGCCAGCAGGGCCCUGUGUGUGGGGACUACUGGGGCAUGGGAGAGGCAUCAGUGACCUGCAGACAGCUUGGCUGUGGCCCUGCACUAUCAGCCUCCAAGUAUGUUCUGAGGCCCCAAGAGAUAGGGCCUCCCUGGCUGGACAGUGCCCACUGCCAGGGUGAGGAAGCUUCUCUCUGGGAGUGCUCCCUGGGGGCGUGGGGGCCGCUGAGCAGCUGUGAGUGCCAGUGUGUGGCAGUGAUAACUUGCUCAGGUAGGUAAGAUGGAGACCCUGAGCCCCUCCAGUCCCUGGAUCUCCAUCCUCAGGCUGUGGACGCAUCGAGGCAAGCCCGCAGGGUAGGAGGGAGGGUCUGGCUCAGAUGUGAAUGCCUGCCCCUUUUGGAGCUUGGGUUCCUCACGGUUCCUUUUUGCUGCAGGACAACACAGCAAGGGGUCUUCUCUGCUUUUUGGGAAACUGGUUCUGGCUUCCCUGCCUGUCUCCCAGCCUGGACCCCCUUCCUGUUCACUUUAAUGUUGGUCUCUAGGUUUCUAAACUCAGCUAUCCAAGCUGUGCUUUCCUUUGUCUCCCUCCAUCAUCAGGGCCACCUCAGGAAACUCCUUGGGGUCCCCCCACACCCUAGCUGUGCAGAAAGCACAGUAUUGUCACAAUGCAAGUUACCUAUCUGGGUGCUCAUGGCAGUGGCUCCUGUGUGCCACUCUCUGUGCCCUGCUAUGACCCAGAAAUCCUAGGAGGAACAGCUCUAGCGCCCCGGAGCACCUAUGGGGAAGUCAGGCACAGGGUGGAUAAACUGUGAGGGUCCCGUGGAGGCUGAGUCAGGCUGAGGCUGUCAGAAUUGAAUCCCUGAACAUGUGCCAAGGGUGAGGAUUCCAAGAGCCAGAUUUCUUCUCUGUGCCAACAGAUGGUACCAUGCAACAAGUCAGAUUGGGCGGUGGUGGCAGCCCCUGUGCUGGGGUCCCUGAAGUGGUGAAUCCAGCUGGCUCUGUCCUAAGGUGUGACUUGCACAAGGAAGAGGCCAGUGUCUUCUGCAGACAGAUGGGGUGUGGCUCUGCUUUACAAUGGUCCACAGCUCACCACAGAGGGGACCCUGGGGACAAGGGGCAGAAGUUGGUGACCUGCCAGGGAACGGAGUCCCUCAUCUUCAACUGCAAGAUGAACCUAAACUUUCUAGAGCAGUGUGACCUCCCAGUGUACACACAUGUGGUGUGCUCAGGACACACCGAGGCGCGGCUGGCUGGCGGCGAGCACCCCUGCUCUGGGCGCCUGGAGGUGAAGCGGGGCCUGACCUGGGGCACCGUAUGCGACGCAGACCUGGACCUGGCCACAGCUCACGUGGUGUGUCGAGAGCUGCGGUGUGGGGCGGCCAUGUCCACGCCCGGGGGCGCCCGCUUUGGCCGCGGCUCCGGGCUUGUGUGGACAGAGGCCUUCCGCUGUGUGGGCAACGAAUCUUUGCUGUUCCACUGCCCGCGAGGUCCUGGGAGCCAGUGCGGGCACAGUCGGGACGCCGGGCUCACGUGCUCAGGGGAAAAGUUUCGGCUGGUCAACGGCAGCAGCAGCUGUGAGGGCCGCGUGGAACUCCAGGUGGAGGGAGCCUGGGCACCCCUCUGUGCUGCCCACUGGGACUUGGCUGAUGCCACCGUGCUCUGCCACCAGCUCAAGUGUGGCAAUGCCGUGGCCACGCCGGGAGGAGGCCAUUUUGGGGAUGGGGAUGCUCCCAUCUGGCCUGACGUAUUUCACUGUGAGGGGACAGAACCCCAUUUGUUCAGCUGCCCAGCAAGCACUCUGGGGGCCCCUGCCUGUGCCCCAGGAAACUCGGCUUCCACAGUCUGUUCAGGUCUCCCCCACGCCCUGAGGCUGAGGGAUGGUCAGAGCCACUGUGAUGGGCGCGUGGAGGUCUCCCUGAAUGGCACGUGGGGCCGAGUCCUGGAUGAUGCGUGGGAUGUGCGCGGCGCACGCGUAGUGUGCGGGCAGAUCCGGUGCGGAGCCGCCGAGCGAGCCUAUGACGCGCCGGCUCCUGGGAGCCGGGCUAUCCCUGUGGGGCUGAGCCGCGUGCGCUGUCUGGGCAGCGAGACGUGCCUGGGCCAGUGCAACCUGUCUGUGUCCCUGCGGGAGACCGCGGGGACUUCGCGGGACGCGGGCGUCGUGUGUUCCGGGAGCCUCCGGGUGCGGCUAGCCGCAGGGCCGGGCCGCUGUGCUGGGCGCGUGGAGGUGUUCCACCGGGGAGCGUGGGGUACCGUGUGUGAUGAUGCCUGGGACCUGCGCGACGCGCACGUGGUCUGCAGGCAGCUGAGCUGCGGCCGCGCCCUCAGCGCCCCGGGGGCGGCCCAUUUUGGGGCCGGCGCGGGGCUCAUCUGGCUGGAUGAACUGGGAUGCCAGGGCCAAGAGUCUGCCCUGUGGCAGUGCCCAUCGGGGGCCUGGGGCCAGCACGACUGCGGGCACAAGGAGGACGCUGGGGUCUUCUGUUCAGAGUUCACGGAUGUGAGGCUACGGAACCACAGCGGACCGUGUGCAGGGCGGCUGGAAGUUUUCUACAACGGGACCUGGGGUGGGGUCUGCCAGACCCUGAAUGCAGCCUCCCUGGGGCUCCUGUGUGAGCAUCUGGGCUGUGGGUCCCAAGGCCAGCUGCUGGCUGGGGCAGGGAGCUGGCCUGGCCCCGAGGCUCGCUGGCUGGCCUCCAUUCAGUGCAGGGACAGGCAUGAUCGGUCCGUGUGGCAGUGCCCGUCAGCCCCCUGGGACCCGGAUUCCUGCUCUAGCGGAGAGGAAGCGUGGGUCCUGUGUGCAGAAAAGGCAGAAGUUCCGCAGGACCUUGGAGAGAGCCUGAACUGCUCAUCCACACUCAGCUGCCCAGAGGAGGGAGCGCUGCGUGUGCGCGGGGGCUCGGACAGCUGCUCUGGGCGCGUGGAGCUUUGGCACGCGGACUCCUGGGGCUCGGUGUGCGACGACUCUUGGGACCUGGCGGACGCGGAGGUCGUGUGCCGGCAGCUGGGCUGUGGUCCGGCUGUGAAUGCGCUGUGGGGGGCCGCCUUUGGCUCUGGCUCGGGACCCGUGUGGCUGGAUGAGGUGGGGUGCCGGGGCAGCGAGGUGUCCCUGAGUGAGUGCCAGGCUGAGCCGUGGGGACAUGGAGACUGCACGCACAAGGAGGAUGCGGCUGUACGUUGCUCUGCCCCUCCUUUGGCCCCUCCACCUGCCCCUGAGGCCUGGGCCCUGCUGGAGACUGCCUGCCUGGUCCUUGGUGUCCUCCUGGGACUGGUCUCCCUGUUCCUGGGAACUCAGUGGUGCCGCUGCAGAGCAGCCUGCCAGGGUUGUAGAAUGUCGGGGCACCCAUCUUGUGAGGGCGUCUAUGAGGACAUCGGAGCCAUGCCCCCGGGGGAGAAGGCUGAAGGGCCCGCAGCACCCACAGACCAGGUCCUGGAGGAGGAGUAUGACGAUGCGGGAGAGCCAGAGCCUGAGCCUGAGGACCAGGACCGCCCCCGGGAGGAGGCAGUGGGGGUGCUGCUGAGCUGGACCGGUUGGGUUUCUCGCCAGUGGGGUCCUGAAGCUCAGGCUGGGAUGGAAGACCACAGUGGGCCCUGCCCCAGGACAUGAUGAUCCUAAGCUGACCUUGUGUGGGGGGAGUGGGAUAUACCCAGGAGGCUGGGGUUUCACUGUCCUCAUUGUUCACACAGCUG